AAGUUAAUCAAGUAUGACAUCUCCAUUUCAGCUAUCAAAUGGUUUAAAAGCUAUCUAGAGGAAAGAUGCCAAUCCGUUAGAAUUGAAAAUCAUCUCUCCGACCCAAAAUUAAUAACACAGGUAGUUCCUCAAGGAUCAAUAUUGGGGCCUCUUCUUUUUAGUAUGUAUGUCAAUGAUUUACCAACUAUACCCAAAUCUGCAAAUACGGAGUCGUAUGUUGACGAUAACAAGUUGUUUAUGUCUGUGAAUUGGAAUAAUUUGGACAAUGGUCUGAAAGAACUAAAGUGGGAUUUGGACAGCGUAGCUGGAUGGUGUUGCUGGAAUAAAUUAUUGAUAAAUCCGGAAAAGACAAAGUUUAUUAUAUUUUGUACGCGACAACUUUUAAAGAAUCUGCCAGAUGAUUUGUCCAUCCAGUUUCUGGGAGAGAUUCUUAUACCAUCCAAGUCAGUAAAGGAUCUUGGUGUAACCUUGGAUCGAGAACUCACCUUUGACGAGCACAUAAAUGUGGUAAAAUGUUGCAAAUCUUGCAAUUAUUCAUUAUGUCAGAUUUCUAGACUUAGGCAUUUGUUCAACAAAGAACACAUUGAAGCUAUUCUCAACUCACUAGUCUUCAGCAAAUUAUACUUUAGUUCCACUGUUUGGUCAAACACAACCAAAAGAAAUGUUGCCAAAUUACAGCAAUUACAGAAUUUUGCUGCUAGUAUUGUGGACAAUAAGAAAUUUGAACACAUAACUCCUACGUUGAAAGCUCUGAAAUGGCUUCCAGUAUCUGAUAAGUUGGUAUUAAAUGACGCGAUCAUGACUUAUAAAUGUAUGAACGGUCAAGCACCGUCCUAUCCGUGUUUCAAGAUUAUAAACAUGUGUGAGCAAACACAACGAUACAAUACCAGAUUUCAAUCAUCUGGCAAGAUAAAACAACAACUCUGCAGAACAAGCACAGGACAGCGAUCCUUUUUAGUCAGAGCUAUUAAUCUGUGGAACUAUAGCAUUGAAAAUAACAUCCAAAAGGAAAACCUGUCAAUUUUUAAAAAACAAUUUAAGACAAUUUUAUUGAACAAAUUUCUAGAUUCCUGA